GAUAAGGAGGGAAACGGGCUUGCUCCAUCCUGUUGCCCCUGCUCUCCUGCCUGCAGACACCAUCCAGUCAGGGGCCUAACAGGAAGAAGCUGGGCCAGAAAGGGCUGUGUGUGUGUGUGUGUGUGUGUGUGUGUGUGUGUUUUCAAGGUUCAGGUGCCUGGGGAACCGUAACUGCAGAGCAACCAAGCGGGGGCCGGCAGGACCUCCUCCCAUAUUCUUCUAUAUCACUGGCCAGCGAUCAGGUUGGGAGCUUGUUUCUUUUCCAGCUUGUCCAGGCUUGGUUCCAGCAGCCCUGCUGCUUCUUCCGGCCCUGGGUGCUCGCCUUUCCUCCUCUCUUAGCAACCGGGAGUCUGUGGACGCCACCAAGCAGCAACUGGGAGGCUGCAGGGAGCCGGAGCGAGGAAGGGAGGCGCCCAGCCCAGGUGCUCUGAGCCCCACCGCUGCAGAGCAAAGCCACGGCUAGCUGCAUCUGCGCCUGCAGCGGGGUCCAAAAGGGAUUCAGCAAAAAUGAGCCAUUCUCACCCCGCUGGAUUACUUGCCACGUAUAAUAGCCUCACAGACAAACACCUGGCUGGGUAUUUCAGCAAUACCAGGAUCAGGCGGCACCUCCUAAGAUCCGGGCUGAUCACGAGAAGUGGGAGGAUACUUUCUGAAAAGGAACAGAAAGCAAACACCAUGAAGCGGGAUCAUCAGAAACACAUCCGGGAGUGCUUAGCCCAAGCCAUCUUCCACAAGGUCCUCGACAUGGAGCGCUACCACCAGCUUGAAAUAAAAAGGAAACUGGAUACCUUAGCUCGGAAGGAGCGGAUUCAGAGGCUGAAGGGAGAACAUACAAGACGUUUUAUUGAAGAUAACAUGCCCAUUCUGACACCCCACCCCCCAGCUGGCCCAAAGAGUAACCGUGGCUGUAGUGUUCUGGCUGAGGAAGGACGUUCUAGUCCAUUAACACUGACAGCCCCUCGGCCAUAUACUGCCCCAGGAAAUAUGCAGCCUCCGAUUCGAUUGCAGCCUCUUUUCAGUAAUCACACAACGAGAAAUGUUUCAAAGAUAACUCCAGAGUCCAAACCCAAAAUCUCAUUGCUGGAAAGCGAAACUCCGUUUCCUAUUGGGGGCAAGAAGGCAAUGAUGAAGUUCAGGAACUCCAUGGACAAUUCCCAGAGGCUGGAUUCCUACCAACUGCCAGACAUUAACAUUUACCAGAUACCUGUCCCCCCGACACCCCAGCCCCAAGCAGGAAAGAUCUUCAGGGAGAACAGGUUCGAGCCUUGGAGGAGGAAGAGGCUGCGUCCCAUCACCGCUCCCAAUGGCUUAGAGCCCCUCUGCACCAGGGACCCAGGGAGGAUUUACAAAGCAGCACCGCACAGCAAUGCAGUUAUCACAAUGAUCUAUUUUGGGAAAAAUGUGCACCUAUCUUAUGAGGACACAGACUUUCGAGAUGAAAUCAAGAUUUACCAACAGCACUGUGGAGGAGAGAACCUUUGUAUCUACAAAGGCAAACUGCUGGAGAAAGACACUUUCCAGUUUAUCUCCAAGCGACACCAUGGCUUCCCCUUCAGCCUCACCUUCUUCUUGAAUGGGAUCCAGGUGAACAGGCUGAGCUCCUGUUGUGAGUACAAGCACCGCAGGAGCUCGAGGCUCGGAGGCAAGCGAGGCUACUUCGGGUUUGUGAGUGUGGAGAAGGCAUCUCCCUGCUACAGAUGCAUUAUUGCCAUGGGCCUUGACAGAAAACCAUCUUCAACAAAACCUAGGAAGGAAAAGAUUGCGGAGCAAAAGGAGGAGCCACUGAAGAAGAGUCAGGGGAAAGUGAGGAAAGAGAGAGAGAAUGCACCAUUGAGAAGGAACGCGAUGGAAGGGAAAGAAACCUCGUUCUCAGCCACCUUUUCAGCUGAGGAACUAAAAUCAGCGGUCGGAGAAGUGAGGACGGCUAUGGAGGAGAUGGAAUGGAAGGGCAAGUCAGGACAAGAUGUUUGGGAAGAGGACCAGGAAAACACGUUUACAUACGACUAUGAAGAAGAUUUCGAAGUGGAUGAGGAAAAGCAAGAUCAGAGAGCUGAGGAUGAGGGUCAGGCUGAAGAUCAGACAAGCAUAACAUCCAAGUCGCCCGAGGAAGGAGAAAAAGAUAAUUUCAGCCUUGAAAAGGAGAUUGAAAUCUCUUCAGAGAAGGCACCCGGUGCCCGUGCCUGUGAGAACGGCGAGGAUGACGGCUUGGACAGCGAAGAGGAGGAUAAACAAGAUAUUAAGACCGUGUCUUCGAACUCGUCUAGAAGUCACCCCUACUCCAGUGAAAGCGAAGAUGAAUCUGCGGAGCCGAGCGCAGAUGUUCACUCUGCAGGGGGAAGUUCCAGAAGUUCCUCUUCUCAGGACCUACACGAAAGUGACGACCAAGGAAAAUACCACGUCCCAGUCGAGGAGUCCUUGGAAACUGAGAUGGAGGAGCAAGAAAUCACUAAAGUAGAAGAGGUUCACGGAGCUCCGCUGACAGAGGUUAGUUGUUUGCCUGCUGAGGAAGAACCAGUGGAGGUAACCGAAGAGAUUACAGAACCCAAGACGUCUGGGCAGUCGGCUUCUCCAGAGGCAAAGGUUAGAAGCCAGCUCCAGGAAGGAGGCACCUCCGUGGUGGAGGACGGAAAAGCCGACCUCCCUGGGCUGGAAGAAGAGGUUGGACAGAAAACAGGUGAAGCCCAAGCACCUGGCCACUACCGCUCCAACACUGCAGCUGGACUUAGCAGCCCAGGGGAUGAGGUGACACCCACGAGGGAACUGGAGGUCAACCUGAGCAGAGAGGGGUCGAGCCCACGGUGGAACAGCAAACGUUACAGUAGGAACAGCCGAGUGCCUGCAUCUGGACCUGAAGGAGGCAGUGGACAGAGCACUGAGAAUGUGGUGGAGGAAAGAGCAGCCUUCAGCUCACAUGAGCAAGCCGAGCAAGCUGCACCAGAGGAAUGCACACCAGAGAAGGAAUCAGCCAUGGAGGAAGAUGAACGUUCCCAGCCUGAGGAUGCUAACGUAGAUGCUCAACUGAGGAAGAAAGCAGAGACAGAGGAAGCUGAAGCCCGCCAUACCCUGGAUGCUGACAUGGCUGUUGGGCUGAGGGAGAAAGCAGGGAUUGCAGAGGUCUCCUUGGGGGAGAGGAGCCCCAGGGAAGAGCAGCCAGCAUUAGCAGAACAGUCUUCAAAGAAAGGAGAACACCGUCUGAGCACAGCUAGUGAGGCUGAGGCUGAGGCAGGCACAGAAAGACAUAGCACGCAUGAUGAGAAACAUUUCAUACCCCUAGGAAAACCCACAGCGGUCGACUCAGUGUUUCUAAGUGGAGACCAAGCUCUGGACAGUCAGAGGGAUAUGGGCUCUGACAGGCAGACAGUUAUGGAGAAAGCAAAGACAGUUUCUAAAAGUGAACAGAUAUUGGAAAAGGCAGCGCUCACAGAGAACUCAGUGCUUAGCUCAGAGAUACUUGGGGAAUCAGCAAUUCCAAAAGAAGCAGAGGCUUCUGAAAUGGAGGAGGGUAAAAGAAAGGUGGGCCCCUCAAGACCAGAUGGGGACCAAGGCACAGAGGGAGCCCUUACAGAGCUAGAGGAUAUGGAGCCUGUGACAGACACAGCACCAGAGAGAGAGGAUGGUUUUGAAGAGGCAAUAGUUGGAGGAGAGACAGCAGCUACAGGGAGGAAGGAAGUUCUAGAAGCAGAAGCACCCUUGAGUUCCUCAGCAGGAGAGGCAAGCUCCACGGAGGUUGUCCAGGGCAACCCUGAGGAACCUUGUCAAGAAGACACAGCAAGGGAGGGAGUUACAGCUGGCGCAGAAUCUGCCCUGGAACAGGAUCCCAGAGCAGUGCUCCCUGGGGAAUCUGCUGCAGCUGAAGAUGGGAAGAAAGUUGAGAGGCCCUCCACACCUGUGAGAGAAACUGGAUCUGAAAGAGAAGCGGAGACAGGGGUCAAGGUGUUGAAGACGGCAGAGAAAUUAGAAGAGCAAAAAGUUAAAGGGGAAGAGGAGGGCACAGAGAAGGAAAUCGGGUCUGGGGGAGAGGCCCAUGUAUCCCUCAACAAGAUGGAGCCUGAUACUAAGGACAUAGAUCCCACAGGGGCAACUGAGUUGAGUAAGGACCCAAGGCUUCUAGAAGAUGCACCCAAAGAAAGAACCGUCACCUUGUUUGAAGCAAAACCUCAAUUUGGGAAGUCACUGGGAGAGAAUGAAGCCACAGCCACAGAGCACAAAGGAGGAGAAGAGGUUCCAGGCCAGGAGAGCGAGGCUCCAUUGCAGCAGAGGAACCCACUAAGCCACCGUGGAAAGGGCUUGUUAGGAGACCCUGGACCUGAGCCAGCAGGCAGAGCUCUGGGGCCUGAGAGUACGUUCACAGCCGGAGGUCAAGAGGGGGCUUCCAAGGAGCUAGGCAGCCUCGAAGGACCAGAGAGACUGGGUGAAGAAGUGCACAGAAGGGACAUCUUGAUGACACAUGGAGAUCUUCCAGAGGAAAGACUCCCCAAAGCAGAGGUGUCCGGUAAAGAGAGUGAGGGUGAGAAGCCGGAGGAAGAGGGGCGUGAGGAUAAGGAGCAUCCUCCAGGGACAUUGGCUGGCAGCCUGGCAGGGCAGGACACAGUCAAAGAUGAGGAGGAUCCAUGUGGAGGAGGGGUUGAAGAAACAGCUUCAGAGCAGACAGAAGAAUUAGCAGCGUCAGUGUCCAUUUAUGGGGACAGUGUGGCCUCCUCCUCCGCAGUUGUCCAGAAGGAGGCUUCAGGAGAAACAGCAGCUGAGGAAAGGGUGACGACGCUAAGCACAGAGAAGGUUGCAGUGGUAAAGGAGGUGACAUCAGCAGGGGCUGCAGAGAUCACACAGGAACCAUAGGCUCGUGAAGUGCAGGACUGGGGAUGGGGGAAGGCCUCUCAGUGUGACAGGGGAGGAGGCAGAUGAGGGAUGCCAGUGAGGAGCAGCUGAAGAGUUCAGAGGACCAGUGCCUCACAGAGAGACAGAGCUCUCCAGUGUUUUAGGGUAGCACUUCCCAGGAAGCUGGAGUUUUCUAGAACCCUGUGGGAGACAUCUGGAGAAACUGCACAGAGAAAGCGAGCGUGCAGAUGUUCCCUUGAGCACAGCGGAGUCUACUGUUACUUGCAGCCUUC